AACACUGUACCCAUGAUAAAUUAAAUUAAAUUAAAUUAAAAUAAUUAAAUUAAAUUUAUCAUGACUGUACCACUCUGACUCUUGUGCCACACCUCGGAAGUGCACAGUGCCACAGUGACUUGUUUUCCACCGUUACCCACUGUUCAUCUUUGUUGUAAAAUUUUACUAAAAAUUGUAGUCAUGUUUUAAUUUCAAAAUUUCUACAGAAUAAUAUUAAAUAUUAUUAUAUAGAUGACUCAUGUUCUUGGACCUUGUCAUUUAGCUGUUAAUCGUUAUUGGUUGUUUCGAGUUCAUAACAUAUUUUCAUUUAAUAGUUAAUCGUACAAAUAGUUAUAAUAAUAUUGUUACUCUCUUGAAUCUUUAUAGUUAUUACCUACUACUUAUUAGGUACCUACUUAUUAUUUUGUUAUUAUCAAUGGACAAUUGUUAAUACUUAAUAGCUAAUGCCUAUUCAGAAUAUUAUAUUGCUAUGUUACAUUGAAAAUAUACAAACCUACCUAUACAUAUCAAUUGGUUAAAAGUCUAAAUAAUUCAUAUUUAAUACCUACCUAAUAAUAUUAUAUUAUUUCAACUGCACUAAAAAUCUGAAUUAUUCUUGUUCAUAAAUCUUAUCUAUCUAUUUACAAAAAAUGUUGUCAAAACCAAAACAUGAAUAUAAACCAGAAAUAAAUAAAUUGACUGAUGAGUCAGUUUUAAUCAAGCCAAAUUUGAAAGGUGAUUGGUUAAACUUUUUUAUGUUACUAUUACUUUAUACAAUGCAAGGCUUGCCUUUGGGCUUAUCUUCAGCUAUACCGAUACUUUUACAAAGCAAAAAAGAAAUAUCAUACCAAGACCAAGCUUUAUUUAGUUUAGUAAUAUGGCCAUUUAGCUUGAAACUCUUAUGGGCUCCAUUAUUGGAUUCACUAUAUUUUAAAAAGAUUGGAAAGCGAAAAUCUUGGCUCAUACCUGUUCAAUAUUUAAUUGGAAUAAUAUUACUUUAUAUGGGUAACAGCAUUGAUAUCUUGUUACCUGAAUAUGGAAAACCAAAAGUUAUGGUACUGGUGUUUAUAUUUUUUGUAACAAACUUCUUAGCUGCCACUCAGGAUAUAGCUGUUGAUGGUUGGGCGUUAACAAUGCUUAAAAAGAAUAAUGUGGGGUAUGCUUCUACCUGCAAUACAUCUGGUCAAAUAAUAGGUGUGAUGUUUGGUGCUGUAUUUACCAUCCUGUUUACAUCUGAAGACUUCAGCAAUAAAUAUUUAAGAAUUACAACCGAUAUAGGGGGGAUUGUUUCAUUAAAAUAUUUGUUAUACAUUUGGGGUGUUCUAUUUAUGUUGAUAACAACAAUGAUAGCUAUAUUCAAAACAGAAAAAGAUAAUACACAGGAAGAUGGCUACGUAAAACUUAAUAUCUCUAAGACCUAUUCGCUACUAUGGGAUAUUAUAAAGCUUCCUAGUAUACGAAUAUUGGCGAUGGCUUUAUUGACAGCAAGGAUUGGAUUUGCUGCCACUGACAGUAUAUCAACUUUAAAACUUAUCGAUGCUGGUAUAUCUAAAGAUGCUAUUAUGGUUAUUAACACAGCAAUGUAUGCUGUAAAAAUGAUUAUACCAUUAGUUAUAGCAAAGUACACUUCGGGACCAAAACCAUUAAGCUUGUAUCUAAAAGUGACACCUAUCAGAUUACUAUGGAACAUUGUAUUUAUCGUAUUAAUAUACUAUACACCAGGAAUAAUAAAUACUAAUGGAGCAGUAAAUAUUCCAUUAUAUUACUAUGCAAUAUUCAUUUUUAUAUUAUCAAUACAAGAAGUUCUUUCAUACAUGAUGUUUGUAGCUAUAUUAGCAUUUUUCUCUCGGAUAAGUGAUCCUCGAUUUGGUGGUACUUACAUGACAUUAUUGAAUACACUUUCAAAUUUAGGAUUUGUAUGGCCAUCUACUGUAGCACUUCAGUUGAUUGAUCUGUUAACAACAAAAAAAUGUUCAGUUGAUUCUGUGUUGAAUGAUUGUUCUACUAUAUUUCUUCAAGAUAUUUGUAAAGUCAACGAUGGCAAUUGUAUUGUUAUAACUAAUGGAUAUUAUGUUGAAACGAUUCCAUGUACAAUUAUUGGAAUCGCUUGGUACAUUUAUUUUAGAAGUAUCUUGAAAAAUCUUCAAAUAAGAAGUCCUUCUCAUUGGUUGAUAAACGUCAAAAAACCAGUUACAGAAAAUAUUGAAGAGUCAUAUCAUUUGGCUGAAAUAGAGUAGUAUUAUUGUGUGUUUAAAGAUCCAUUUUAUUAAAUAGUCAAACAUAACUAUUGCAUGUGAACUAUAACACUAGUGUCACAGAUACUGAAGGUAUUUAUAUGAAUUAGAUAGAUAAUUAGUUAUUUAAAUUUUUUAUUAUGAGAUAUUAUGAUGUAGAUGAAUAAAUAUUGUAUUAAGUAAAUUAGAUUCAAUUGAAAAUUAAUAUAUAUAGGAAUGAUAAAAAUAAAAGUAUCUGUGUUGAUAUUUGGCAUAUUAUUUAACUUAUUACAUCUUUAAUUACUUAUAUUUCAUACUCCCGAAGUCCUAAAAGAUAAUAUUAUUGAAUACAACUUUGUAUUGUAAAAAUUAAAAAUAAAUCCACACAAUUAUGAUAAAAUCAUUGAAAAUGUUUCUUAUUUCCAAUUGAUUAUUAGACAACCUCAGAUGUUAAACUAUUUCAACAUUUUUUUUUAACAGAAAAUUAAGUAUUAGAAUCAGGAGAAUAUUUGCAUAUAAUAUCCCUAUUGGUAACUAAGAAGUUGUAAUAGUUGUAUGUUUAUUCAGGUAAAGCUGAUUAUACUAUAGAAAAUUCAAUGGACUUUUUAUUAAAUAUUAUAGGUAUAGUAGGUUUUUUGAGUUAAAUCAUUGUAAAAUUUAAAAUUAUUGUCCUAUAUGUCACUGAGUCUAAUUAAUUUACUAAAUAAAAGGUGUAGAAUAUGUAUUUUAGUCUUUUAAGUUUAAGCAUUUUAUUAAAUAAUAUGGAGUUUUAAUGGAUGGUAUCUAAAUGCAAA